GGCCGCCAGACAAAAACCUCGGUAACCAAAAUUUUACCUGCCCAUUAUCAGAAAAUCCCCAUUCUUUCGUUCUUCUUCUUCUUCGUGGAGCUCUAGGGUUUUGAGGGCGCGAGCGGUUCAGGGAUGGCGACCCCAUUGAUAGCUGGAGCAGCCAUUGCAGCAGCUGCUUAUGCGGGAAGGUAUGGGAUUUUAGCAUGGCAAGCUUUCAAGGCAAGACCACCGACUGCAAGAAUGCGUAAAUUUUAUGAAGGAGGUUUCCAGCCUAAAAUGACAAGGAGGGAAGCAGCUCUUAUUCUCGGUGUCAGAGAGAGCACUCCACAAGACAAAGUGAAGGAAGCUCAUAGGAGGGUAAUGGUAGCUAAUCAUCCAGAUGCAGGGGGCAGCCAUUAUCUCGCUUCCAAAAUUAACGAGGCAAAGGACACUCUUCUUGGAAAGACAAGAAAUGGCGGGUCUGCAUUUUGAUCUUGAGCCGCGGCAUUCUUCCGAAAGACUGAAUCCCAGAAAGACUGAAUCCCAAAAUCUCUAUCCUUGGAGUUGGACACUUUUAAUCAAAUCGCUCUUUCGGUUAUGUACUGAAGUUUCUAUAUUUUCCUGUAUCCAUCCAUGGAAGAAUUUUGCUGAAUCCCAAGAUAUAUGAGAAUACAACUGUAGUAUUUUAUUUGCUUUGUAAAUACUGUAUCAUUUACAUUUGAAUGCAAAUGACUGGUAUGUGCAUCAAAGGGUCUUUUUUUGACCCACAAGAUGUGUUUGGUUAGACAAUGGUAUUAAUUAAUUAUUAAAUGAUGU